AUGCGGCUGUCCCACCUGCGUCUCCACGACAGCAGCGGCAGUAGCAACGCGUCUCGCGGUUCGCGCAGUGUGACAGAGCAGAGCUUCAAACCGCCGCACAAAGGCGCGGCGUCGACGGCCCCUCCCGUGCUUCAUCCCUCAAACGUUGCGCCACUGAGGAGCUUCGGGCCUCAAGAGGAGUAUGCGGCGUCGUUCGACGCUUCCUCUUCAGGGAGUACCACCUUUCCUGUCGCGACUCACGCAGAGGCGCUAUCAGAAGGCCGUCGUGUGGCGCCUGCGCUCCACCGCACGGCCGCGUUGGCUCCAUCUUACAGCGUUGUGAGUGAUGCGAUGAAAGAUCGCCUAGACGGCACGACGAGGGAAGGCGGGGGCAGCGUCCAGCUCGUGAGUAAGCAGCGCACGACAUGGGCGGGAGCCGGUGCUGCUGCUGCUGCUAACCGCAGCAGUGGAAACUACGAUGAUCUGAGUGCAUCCUCUGCCUACGACAAGCGGGUGAAGUCACCGUCAACAGUGAGGUCAAGCAAGGCAGGCACGGUGGACUCCCCUCUAGAGAUACCGACCCCAGAGCCAUCACAUGUAGAGGUCCCCAAGCGACAACCGCCUGUGCGGGGGAGUGUCAGACGCACGAUGACACCUGAUGGCCGACAGGCAUGGGUGCUUUUUUCUCCACGCCGUGGAAUUCGUUACUGUUCGGACUCCGUGCCAAAGGCAGCUGUUACUGGAUGGAACAGGAAGGUGGUGGGCUCCCCUCCCGACCAUCUUCCCCGACGCGUGUUAGACGUUGUUGCGGGUGGAAUUGGGGGCGCGCGAGGUGUGGGGAAGUCGAAUAAGGCCCCUUCCGGCCGCGAUCAACCAUCGGCUGUGGGUGGUGGUCACAACCUUAAUAGAAACCCUGAACCAAAGCCGCCGCAGCGCUUUGCUGUGCCCCACUUCGCGGAGGCGAAGGAGCGGAGGGUGCUGCUUCGAGCAGAAAAGGAAGGCUAUCAGAAUGACCAUAUGCAUAAUGACGAGUAUAGUGACAGGUCAUGGGCCACGUUGCGUCGGUGGCUUUUGCGCAAGUACCGAAAGACGAAUGGUAAAUUACUCUGUAGCAAGAGCGAGAUUGCUGCAACGCUGCAGGAGUGGCGCCGGGGGCUCGGGGCUGCAGCGGAGUCCCUUCUUCUUUUACUGCAGCCUGUGCGCGUGGAGAGUGGGGGCGGCUCACGGUGGUUUCCGCUUCCACGUGGGUGGAUGCCGUCUUCUGGCGCGGUGAUCCCCUUCUCCGCCCAAACAAUGAUGGAGCCCUCAGGGCACUUCGCCACAGCCCCCGUGCGCAGGAGCAGCCAAUGUACGACCGGGCACACGGCGGGGCUUGACGAUGACACCAUCGUGCCUAAAGGGUUCCCCAAUGCGUCGUAUUCCACUUCGCUGAAGCGUGCUGUGCUGGGUAGUGGGCAGGACCCCGAAUCCCCGCCGCUGCGUGUUGGAAUUGACGUCAGCGAGGAUGACUACGCGAAGGCGUUUUUCAGCCUUGACCCUCUCCCCAUCCAUGACGCGGACGACGUUGCCGUUUACGCGUCGCUCCUGCACAAGGGCGGCACCCUUGCCGCCGCUCCUGGUACAACUUCGCCACAGUGGCUUUCAACUGGGGCAAAGCUUACGGAGAAAGGCGAUGAGGGGGAGGCAGAUGAAGAGGACGAAGAGAAAGAAGAAGAGAAUGCAGCUGAGGAUGCAGCCGCGAGGCGGAGAGGCAGUACACGCAGUAGAGCGACAACAACGAGGCAACAUUGCCGUGAAACUGCAGGAAGAUAUGGAUUGUGGUGCAUCCUGGAGCCUCUUACGGAAGAGGUAAGUGUGGCUGCCACAGCAACCCGAGAGCCCUCAAGUUUCUUAGCCAACACGCGUGGCAUGGGGAGGAGGCGAGACGAUGUUCAAGUGCCUCGGUGGUGCCUUCAAAUAUGCGGGGGAGCAUUACCACGGCGGUACUGCGUUUCCUCUAGUUCCUCCGUGGAGAGCUCCGUCAUCUCUUACCCUGAUGAUGUUGAGACCGGUGCAUCCAACACCGUGGUGGCUGCACGUUUCGAAGCCCUUUUUUUCCCCCAACCUCCUGAUUACCCUUCGAACAUGUUUGGUCCUCGCCUGACGGUAUCCGCCGCGGUUUCGGCGACGCCGCCCAUUUGUUCUAUCCCCCUCACUCCCCAGCUCCUCCGCGCGAGUGAGGUGCCACAUUAUAGAGCGAUACUUAUGCAGCAGGGAGAGCGUGUUCGACUGCGGCAUGAACAGGAAGAAGGUUUUGUACUUGGGCAAGGCGAGAACCGAGAAGAACUUUUCCUUUUACUCACGCAAGUUACGGUGAAUGCCACUCAAAAGUAUUGUUUGGAUCUCAGUGUCUACCUCAUGCCUUGCCGGUUGCUUCGCACAGAUUCUAAUGCAUUCAAACCUUCCCCAGUUGCCGCGUUGGUGGAGGUGCCAUUGCUUCAUAGCAGUCCUGUGAUAACCGCGACGCGGCGGGUGCACGGCGCCAAACUCAUAUUCACCACAAAAAAUGCAUUUGUAAAGGCGUAUCGGGCAAUUUUGUGGGCAAGUGUAGUGAAUACCACGGCGAUGCGUCCGAUGGCCGACAUACCAGCUUAUUUAUGCGACAAAAGCGGGGAAUCGCCGUAUAUGGCACUUCAAUGUUUUGCUCCCCUUUCACAAAAAACGGAGCGGUGCGCUUUUGACGCCUAUCGGGAACAGUGCGUGCAGCACGUUGCGUCUGUGCUUUUAAAAGAGCGUGAUUUCUUUGGAGUGGACGCGUAUCGAUUGGAGGAUUUCGCGCUGGGCACUGCGUCUAAUAGAGGCAAACGAAAGCCGCUUUCUUCAGCCGCAACGCUGCCCCUCACGACAUGUGCAUUUUCUUCCGCGGUCGCCUAUGAUGUGUACGGUGUUGUCUAUCGCGCGGUACAUACUCCCAGCGCACGGGUCUUUGAUGUACGCGUGCUUCCGCGCAAUUCGACAAAACUUCUCUGGGCGGGUGCCACUGCAGUUGGGGGGGAUUGCGGCAGCGCGGGUGACUCAGUUUCACUACCUGUGAUGGAAGCGGCACUUGUGGCGGAGUAUCUCUCGCGUAUGCCUUUCCAGAACCCGAUUGCCGCCGUAUUAUGCGAUGCCCACAAGUUGUACGUCGUUUCCGCCCCUAUUUUUUCAGUGCUUUCUGAAGCAAAACGUCACACUCCUCCCCCUGCUACUUCGAUACCCCACCCUUGUCAUGGCUUUGGGGUUGUUUCGCUUCAGUGCUUCAUGGAAAAGGUGCUACGUUCCCCUCACACGUUGUUUUCCACGCGUUGGGAAUUGGCGCGUCUCGUUGCGGCGCAGUUGCUAUUGACACUCAUCUCACUUCAUGGAAAGGGUGUUGUGCUUGGGCCUUGUGCCCCAAGGCGGUUCUUCCUGCAGUGCAAUCCGGACGCGGUAAGUCGCGGUGCUGUGGGCGCUGACGACAAGAAGGAGGAGGGUUUGACAACAGGCGAUUUUCAUCUUGUGGUUGCUGCCUUUGGUGUUACCUCGGAUGCCUGGGUGUAUGAGCGGCAGCAGCCUGGGGUGGUGGAGUACAUUCCCCCGCGUUACCUCUUCCGCGUCGCCCACAGCACGGUGCUUGGGGCCUCUGGGGCGUCUGAGUGGACCGUUGGAGAUGACUACUGGUCAUACCUCUGCUUAGUUUUUGAGCUUUUUUCUGCGACUGGAGAGCCGCUGGUGGCGGCACCGUCAAGGCCAAAAGAAGAAGGUGAGCACCGGGACCCCAAUGCGACGUCGCCCCAGCGUCAAAGGGAAAUUAUGCAGCUAUGGAAGGCCGUUUUUUCUUUGCCGCCUGCUUCCGCAACCAGCGGUGAGGCAAAUCUGCAUCGAGAGCCGGCGGUGACGCAAGCGCUGCACGAUUUUGUGCAGUCACGCGUAGCGGCUGCCAUUCUGCACAAGGUCGAGGCAUGGGUGACGAUGGAGGAGCAUCACCCACGCUCAGACGGUUCAAACGUACGACAACCCCGUGAAGCUGAAAGGAGCCGCACACGUGCUACCCCUGGAGCUGUCUCGCUGGCCGAUGCCUAUUGGGUGGCUUUGCGCUCACAUCCCUCCUCGCUGCUUUCAACAGGAGGGGAGGUAGCCGGUGCUGCGGCUACCGCGGACUUUGCUGUUGCCGAUGCUGCCCAUUUUGCAGAGAGCAUUAAGUCUACGCAGGCCUCCAUGCUGACCAUUCAACACUUUUGCCAAAUUCUUGUAGGCAUGGCUCUACAGUCGACAGCAGCUUGUAUCGACAAAGCCGCGCACCGUCUGACGUGGACCCUCUUGUCGCACCCGUUUUUUAUUGGUAUAGACUUUGCAAAGUUGUUUGAUGGCAACUUGCCCGUUCCUCACGCGAAAUUUGUAUGCGGUAAGCUGCUUGGUAAGACGCUGCUGGGCGCGGCGACGUGCGCAGCUUCCGGGAAGUCGAAUAGGCACGGAAGCGGAUCCCCGACUAGGGGUGGACUGCAGCAGCCGCGGUUGCCGUCUUAUUCGGGUCUGCAAGCGGCGCAUCGAUUGUGUGUGCCUCUCGCUUUGCUCCCCAUGGCCGCCGAUGACGGGGAAGGUGGAGGUGCCCGGGGUAAGGAUGACGCAUUUACCCCGUCAUCCUCGCGUAGCGCAGGCGGCAGCAUCCACGGCAUCUACAAGGCCAGCGAAAUUGAAGAGAUGGAGCAGGUGCAAGAAGAGGUACGCCGGGCCUUGAGGACUUUCGCCUCCACGGAUACAGCAUCCCCAUCUCUGUUGGUUGCUAGGGAGCAAAAGCAGCCAAAGCGUGAUGGUUGUCCUCGUGAUUCACUGACGGUGGCCCCGCUGACUGCUGUGGGGAAAAUGGCCCUUAAGGAAGAGGAUGACGAGGGGGAAAAGAAUCCUGCUACAUCCACGUGGAAGCGGUUGCAGCAGAGAGCGACACUGUCGGCAAGAAGCGCGGCAACGAACUCGGACAUCCGCCCUGAGGAGCGUCCAUCGAAGUCUCUGUUUCCUGCGGCGUGGGACCCGACGGGUGGUCGUGUGAGCCCUUUCUCUCUGCCCUCCCACUCCUCCAUUUCACGCGCGCUUGCGUCCGCGGAUCCGCUGCGGCAAACCGGCGUGGAUCGGAGGCAUUGCCCGCUGGGGGAGCGCUUCCUCCACGUGGCCAAUGACGAUCACGAUCGCGACCACGACGAACGACGGUCUGGACUGCGUGGUCAGGGGGAGUUGCUUCAGGUGGCGGCGGCAGUGACGGUGCCCUCUGGCAUCCAAGAGGAUCGACCUGGUCAUCAGCAGCAACAGUGGCGACAGGAGCAGGGGCACGACGGUGGUGGCGCUUCCCCUGCUUCUUCCGCCACGCAUGGCACUAGGCGACCGGCAAGCGCACGAGAUGGCGUGCGUGGGAAGAAGAUGGCGGCCGACGCGGGUGACGACUUUUUGAUCCGCGUGCAGGGUGCCUCCCUGACCACGGUGCUUCCUCACACUGCAGAGCCUGCGCCUGCACCAUGUAGAAAAAGUGCGAGCGAUGCAUUCAUGUUGGUGCCCUCCGACGACGACGAUGACGACGAGGAUGGUGAAGAUGAGGCCUGUAAGAGGAAGAAGCAUGAGGGGGAAGUGAAAGCGAGGACAGUGGGGGUGUCCGUGCCUCGGGCGGAGAGAAACUCCUUGCUUCCAAGAAGUUUCGGGGUUGUUCGCCGGCGACAGAGCAGCAGAGCAAGCUACAGUACGAGUACGUUUAAAAGCUCCACGUGGAUGGCUUCCGUGCCUUCAUUCGACGCGUUGGAUCCGCAUCAACAUCAGGUGGGGGCUGACGAGGCAAUAUGGGAGCUUGUGCACGACGACGGCGAGGAUGACGAGGGAGACGACAAGCACGUAACUUUUUAUCAUAUGUGA